AUGGGACUCUCAACUCUCCUCAAGACCUUCACGGCAUCAUUGCUUCUCUCCACAUCUGUCUUGGCCGCCCAGCAUGCCAGCAAUUCCUCCCAACAAGUCGUCGCCAACACGCUGGCCGACGAGAGCAUCGACAUGAGCAAAGUACAAAAGUACAAGUCCCUGCUCGACCAGUCUGCACCCAAGCCCAUCCAUACCAACAUUGUCGCAGCAGACACUGUGGGCGAACCGUUCGACUCGGCCUUCAAAUGGAGCGAUGUGCUCGACAGCGCCAUACCCCUGACCGCGAAUGCUUUCUGCCCAGAGAGGUGUCUCACCUGUGCAUCGGGCUGUGACCCGGUCUGCUGUAUCGUCAGUGAGACCAGCUCCCGGCCCAAUGGAGCAGGCGGCACAGAAGCACAAGAAACUGCCAGUCCCGUCGACUCCCCCACCCCUGAAAACCAAGAAUCCAAGCAGACCGGGGCCCGUCCUCCGGGGCCCAUCCUCCCAGACCCCCUCGCAUGUCCAUGCAACUGCGAGCCCAGCUGUCCACCCAGCGUCCAGGCCAUCUGCUGCUACACGGGCGGGGCCAAUUCGGCGCGAGACCCUAGCCAGCCCAGCCCUCCGGAAGACGAUCACGGCCGAGGGCAGCAUGAUCCAAACCAAAACCAGAAACCGAUCGUCAAUAACGUCGACAAACUGAGUCUGCGCGAAGACUUCCCGAGCCGCCCCAACCUGCCCGCAGCUUGCCCAUGCGGCUGCGAGCCCAGCUGUCCAGCCUACAUCCAAGCCAUCUGCUGCACCACGGUGGCGGCAGAAACUGUAGCCAACAACAGCAACAGUAGCAACAGCAGCAGUAGCAGCACCAGCACCAGCGCCAGCACCAGCAGCGGCGGCGGCGACGACAGCAAACUCAGAGUCGACAAGGCCGAUGUCACCGGCGCGAGUCAAAGUGAAUACGACGUGCUUGCGCUAGUGGCGCAGUCUGCGGCGGGCGACCCGGUGUCGGUGCUCGCGGGCGUCAACCUGACCAUCUUCGACAGCUUUGUCACCUUGGACUUGGUGAAGGGGCUGGAGCGGGCCAGCGAGAUCGCCUUCAACGCCGACCUGAAGACGUUUGAGAUCGUGCUGACCCUGGUCGUCGGACCACACGGCCGAGAGCAGUCACUGCGCCAGAGCUUCCGCGUCAUUGACGGCUCCCGGCUCUGGGAGAGGGAACAGAUCAUGCUCGGCUUGGGCGCCUUGGCCAGAAUCAGGGCCGUCCACGUCAACAAGGACUUUCUGACCGACCUCGAGUCCGGCCUGCCCGUUCUGACCGGCACCAAAGCAUCAGUAUCAACAUGA